AUGAUGUCCACUGGUCGCAGUAAAGACAGCGCCGUCCUUACCACCGCAGCGGAGCCCUUCCGGCCGUCGCUUGAGUUGACGUUCCGCGGACACCGGGGCGCCGUGCAGGCGGCGGGAAUUCUGCCGAUGUCGUCGCCGAUCACCGCCGCCGCCAAAGACGGACCGCCGCCGUUUGUGUACUCCGCCGGGACGGACGGCGUCGUUUUUGUGUGGAGCGCACGGCCGACGGUGCGGGCGCAGCGGCUGGUGGGGCACCGCGGGCCCGUCCACGACGCCGCCGCCCUCCCGCCCACCGGUCUUCUCGCGUCGGCCGGCCACGACGGGUUUGUGCGGCUCUGGCGGCCGGCGCGGACGGGCCCCGGCGGCGGUGAAGGAUGUGCCUGCUGGCGGGCCCACCCCGGCCCCGUCCGCGCCCUCGCCGCCGCCCCGCAUGACGGGCAUCUCUACACGGCGGGAGACGACAAGUCCGUCAAGUGCUGGGAUCUCAACUACGCCACCAGUACACCAUCCUCAACAUCCAUACACAAUAGGGGAGCGGUGACGGGGAAUAAGUUUGUAUGCGGCUUUACCGGCGGUCACCAGAACUGGGUACGUACAGUCGCCGUUUCAAACGGCAGUAACAGCAGCUCAGGUGGCGAUAAUAUGCUAGCCACAAGAGUCGACUUGGUCGCAAGCGGCGGAGAUGAUCGUACUGUACAGGUUUGGGAUCCAAGAUCACGUCGACCAACUCAUACCUUCUAUGAACACACAAAUUCAGUUCGAUCUGUUGAUUUUCAUCCUGAUGGCUGUUCACUUGCUACAGGUUCAGCUGAUCAUACAAUUAAUCUAUUUGAUCUACGACGAAAUGGAUUAUUACAACACUAUGAUGCACAUGAUGAUACUGUAAAUGAAGUACGUUUCGCACCAACAGGGAGUUGGCUCCUCUCAGCUUCUUCAGAUGGCACAGUGAAGUUAUGGGACUUGAAAGAAGGUUACCUUUACUGUACCCUUAAUGCACAUGGGGGUCCUGUGUACACUGCGCGCUUUUCUGAAAACGGAAAAUUCUUCACAACGGUGGGACAUGACGGUAUUAUUAUGCUUUGGCGUUCAGGACUUCCACGUUUACAGCAACCAUCAUAUACUAUGUAUCCGAAUCUGUAUUCGUAUAACACCAACAGUUUACAAUCUCAACCGUUGAAUUCGGGUUCGAGUUCUGCUGCUGCUGUUGCUCUUGCUACCGCUGCAGGAGUAUCAUCCCGACCUCCACGAACGCUAUCAGCUCCGCAACAAGCAAGGAAAGAAAUUACAUCUUCCUAUAGUACCUCAGUUUUUCCAUUAGGUGUUGGUAAAGGACGUGAUGAAGGAAAAGAUAUUCAAAUUGCUGGUGGGAAUAAUAAUAAUGAUAAUAAUAAUAAUCCUUACUGCUCAAUAGAUACAUCAUUAAAUCAAAAUUCCAAAGUUCCCCAGGAAUUACAAAGUCAAGGUGAGAAAAAUGUGGAGCAAAAACGACAGAAACCGGCUCCCACGUCAACGACUUCUUCACAAUUAUCGUUCUCGUUACAGAAACCCCCUCUUGCUCAACCAUCCUCACGUGUUGUAUCUGCUGCUAAUGCUGUUGCUGCUACUGUUGAUAAUGGUAAUAGAGCAGCGAUGGCGUCGUUUUCUCUACCAGAAAAUGUUGACGAAGUGGAAGAGGGUGAUGGAGAUGGUAUGUCUCGCGAGACACCGCGUGUUGCAAACAGCAACAACAACAAUGAAAAGAAAUCUAUAAAACCGGAACCAUUCGUUAGAGAAGAGAACGAACUUCGCUAUCCAUUUUUUAAAAAACAAGAGAGAUUAGAGGAUGAAGAAGAAGAAGAUAUAGAAGAUGAAAAUAGAGAAAAAAUGUGUAAACAAGGACAUGAAUUAAAAGAGGGUAUUCCCCAGCAGUCAUAUGAAGCUGGUGUAGCUUAUAUAGAUCCAAUAAAAUUGCAUGACAAUGAUGAAACAGGAAAAGCAGGUGAUAUGGAUGAUGAAAUAAGCGUUGUUGAAUAUGUAGCUAAGGCCUACGGUGUAGGAGAGGAAGAGGGAGGGUACGAGUCAGCUGUUUCUGCACCACCAGUUCAUCAUUUUCCUCUUUCUACGAAAGAAAAAAAAAGAGAACACCAACAACGGUGUCAACGACAACAAGAAGUAGAAGAAAAGAAAGGACAGUUGCAACAUCUUCAAGGCACCGACGAUAGAUUGAGUCGUCUCGAGGAGGCCUACAUGCAGCUUACUGCUGAAGUUCAAUUAGCUAAUGAGCGGAGUGUUGAAGUUAUGCAGCAACUACAUGAAAGAUGGGAAACGCAGCAGCAACAGCAGCGAAGCGAAAUUGAACGGCUUCAACAAGUGAUAGAAAGCCUUGUCAUACAACAAAAUGCUUUACUACAAGCUUUUCGUGGAGGCUAA